CCACAAGUGUUUGAUUCGCUGCCUGGCCGUGCAUAUUAAUGAGCAGAGGCAGCGUGGAGCUUUUAAAGACUGGAUCAGCCUUCCAGACUGAGCGACAGGAGAGUUGGAGACGCAUCCAAGCGCGCAAGACGCACAGACGGAGUUCAAAGUAACCCCAAACAGACAGAAAACCUUCCCUCAGAACUCUCUAUCAGUUCGCCGGUUCUCCAUCCACUGCUAGUGGACUUCAUCUGUAGCCACUGGUACUUUUUUUCAGUGCGCAUUUUUUCCCCACACCGCUAAGGAAUCCAGUUUGUGGAACUUUUCUUUAAAAACAUCAGUCCUAAGUCAUGCAUCGGUGCAAAGUGCUACUACUCCUGUUAGUGGUCACCAUAUGCUUCCUGAGCGCAGAAGCCUAUAAGUGCAGAUGCACCAGAAAAGGACCAAAGAUCAGAUAUAAGGAUGUGCAGAAGCUGGAGAUCAAACCCAAACAUCCCUUCUGCCAAGAGAAGAUGAUAUUUGUAACGAUGGAGAACGUGUCUCGGUUUAAGGGCCAGGAGUAUUGUCUUCACCCGAACCUCCAGAGCACCAAGAACCUGGUUAAAUGGUUCCGCAUCUGGAAGGACAAGCACAGGGUUUAUGAGGCCUAAAUCCUUGGCUUUCCAGAACACAAGGAUCAAAUUAGAGGAAAACCAGAAAAUGACACCACCAACUGUCCUGUGAAGAAAUGAUCUACAGUGAAGCUGUUCUUCUUCCUGAGACUUGCUGAGAACAUUAAAAUGUAUCUGUAGUCUGUAUAUAGUCUGAUGGGCCUGUUUUAGUCCUCGCCAAGCUAGUUACUUUACUUCCAUUUCCAGCCUGCACAGCAGUGUGUGUAUCUGCCAGGUGUUAUUUAGGGAAACAUCUCAAUUUCUUUACCUCUUAGGAUUCUACCCACGCAAGACUCACAGAUUCUGAAGAAACACAGACCUUUUGUGAAAGCACAGAACUGUACAUGUAGACUGGCGAGGUAUGUUUCUCCACUGCCAACCUCCAUGACAUGAUGUGUCUUUUAAGCAUCCUGUUUUUAAAAAAAGGAAGAUGAAACACUAUAGUAAAAUACACCUUAUAAUUCAGUUUUUUUUUAGAACAGAGUAGUUACAUUUGAUACUGACAUUAUGGAGGUGUGUGUUUGUGUGCAUUAGACAAGCAGAAAUAUUUCCGGCAACUUGUUUGGAAAAUAUUCUCUGCUUUAAUGUCAGGGUCAAAGAUAGAAUCAGCACAAGAUAAAAACAAAUAAUAUUAGUGCAAUUCUACAUACGUAGGGGCAUGUUUGUAGGUGUGAAAUAUUCGUUCUAAAAUGUAGAAAGAAAGCAAUCUUUGUUCUUUCAAUUUGAUUUUAGUUACACAUUUCUCUAAUGGUGCAUUAUUUCAUACAAAAAGUUCUGAUUACUACUUGGUUAAAAUUUUUGUCAGUUCAUUAGUUGUGUUGGUUCUAUUACUUUAACAAAAGAUGUGCACUUUUUUCAAUCUGCAUCCUCCUCUUGUUUAUUAUUUUAUAUUGUUGAAAGAAGUAAAAUAAAUUUAAGAAAAGA